CUUAUAACUUGCUUUUAACUGAACCACUGUGCGCGAGGACAAGAAAAAAUAAGAUAAAACAAUCAAGGCCUUUGAAUUAUAUGAGAUUUUGAUAAGGAGGCUUGUGUUCAAGAUCCAUCCACAUAAAUUCUUAUAGUCACUGCAACGUGAAAUUAGUCUGAGAAACGGUAAAGAUUCAAUUCGAAGAAGUGCUCUUCAUCUGAGUCCAUAGAAGAAUGACACAAUCAAAAGUUACAGUAACAUGGAAGAAAUUGAGUCAUCGACCACUUUUUGGAAAAUCGAAGAUUUUAUUAAUGAAAAUCCGAGCUCUUCAAUGAAUUACGCCCUUCUCGUCCUAAAUCAGCCUAUCAUCAGCAAACCUAGCCUGGUUACGUCGUUGUGGAAUAACGCCUGCUUGCGAGUGACAGUGGACGGAGGCAGUGACCGCUGGCUGACAUUCUGCCAAAACAGCGGUUUGAGUUUAGUGCCGGACAUGAUAACAGGAGAUUUUGAUUCCGCGAAAAAAGAAACACUUGAGUUUUUCGCAAAAGCUGGGUCUAAGAUUAUCGAAACGCCAGACCAAGACGAGACAGAUUUCACGAAAGCAUUAAGGGAAACGUCUUCCUGGUUUUCUCAGAAUAAAACAAAGCCUGACGCUGUGAUAUCUUUGGUGGAAACGUCUGGCAGAAUCGACCAGAUUAUGGCCAACAUUAACACACUUUUCAAGUCGAAGAACAUUUUGCACUGUCCAGUGUACCAGCUCGCCAGCAAUUCGAUCAGCUGGCUGCUGCAAGAGGGGCACCACAAAAUCCUCAUUCCAAGCCAGUACAACAACAAAACCUGCAGCCUUGUGCCCGUGGGCAGCCCUGCCAAGCAUGUCACCUCCACUGGACUGAAGUGGAACCUAGAUGGUCAAGAAAUGCGAUUCGGUGCACUGGUUAGCACUUCAAACAGGAUUGCUCCUGCCAGCGACAAUUUGGUCACGGUCACGACUGAUUCUGCGUUACUCUGGUCAAUUGAAAUAGAUUAGGUCCUUGACCUAUAGUGAUUUAUUGGUUGUUUUGCCAAGACGUUGAGAUUUUAUAAAGUUUUAUUUUUAACAA